AAAUGACACAUAGGGAAUUAAAUAAAACAUGUCUUCCUCUAAUAUUAAACUACUCUACUGCUCAUUGUUCUUCACUCUCGGAUUUCUAUCUCCUCCGUCGACGGCGAACGCGCACAGCUGCAGCGACGGAUUCAAAUCGGCGACCAGCAAAAUCAAAAUCACGCAGCACUGCCGUAAGAAGGUCGACCUAGGCGCCGAAUUCGCCUGGAAUUUCGACAACAAAUCCAGAAAACUCGAGAUCGCUUUCGGCGCGAGGCUCGGCGACGGGGACUCGGCGGGGUGGAUAGCCUGGGGUUUGAACCCGGACGGUCCCCACAUGGUCGGGACUCGAGCGAUGAUCGGGAUCAAGCAGGCGAACGGCUCCGUCGAGUGCCACAACUACGACGUCGGCGUCGGGGCUAGGAUCGGGUGCCCGCUCCUGCCGUGGUCGGCGGAGGAGGAGGAGGGCGGCGGCGGCGGCGGGGGUGAUGAAUUAGGGUUUUUCUUCAAUGUGAGCGAGUGUAGAUUUUUUGUACUGGGGAGGAGAUUGGGUACCACGUGAUUGUGGCGAGCGUGGGGUUUCU